AGUCUUCUAUUCUUAGUUUAGCACCAGCAAGCAUGGCCAGUACUACCCGUAUAGAUACGUAUAUAACACGGCCGCCGCACACAAAGUCGGAAACAUGGACGUGUCCGUACGAUCCGAUCGACCAUAAUAAAGUCCUCAUGUCGUCAUACCUCGACAAGAAAUCGACUAUGGGGCAAUGGAAGAAGAAAUGGGUGGUGUUGAGGGAAUGUCAAUUCAGCUACUACAAGGACGCCACGGAAUAUAAACCUCGUAGAGUGAUACCCCGGAUAAAGAUCCUCAGUUACAAUGUGAUACCCGACGGGAAACGCAACCAUUUUGCGAUAUACACCAAUGACAAAGUGUUGCAUUUCAAGUGUGACGAUGAGAAAGUGUACAACGACUGGAUUACGGCAUUGGAGUUGUAUUUUCAGGACCAGGAUGGACAAGAGGCGCUACUGGCUGGCGUGGCCACUAUGGAUGUGCAUGAUGAUGCCGAUGUAGAUCUGGAAGGAGAGGAGAUUGAAGAGGUGCCAGGGUCAGAUGAACGGGAACAGUCGCCGCAUAUACCGGUGCAUUCCAUCAAAAAUAAACACAAAAAGAAACCGAGUGAAAUGAGGAUUAGUGAUAACGUAGUCAGUGGUGGUGGUGGUGUCACUGCUGAUGAGUUUAGUUCUGACAUGACGGAGGCAACCCCAGGUCUAUCGCCACUGUUGACACACAAACCUAUUGUUCCCAUGGAUACAUUUACAAGAUUAGACACUCCGAAAGAGACUGAAGAACACAAUAAACCCGAAAAACCCCCAAAACAAGCCAAACCACUCACACCAAAGGACACACAGAACGAGGAAUACAUUAUAGAAAAAGGACCACUCCAAGUGCUCAAACGCAAGUACAACCAUCAAUGGAAGACGUACUAUCUCAUACUCACCACACACAAUCUUUCAUUUUACAAACACGACCUGCCGCACAGUCGACCCCGGAAGUCAUUCAGCAUUGAUGAAAUAUGUGAUGUGAUUGAACUACAACGCGAUCCUAGUAGUGCAGGUGCAACAGUGGCCCAUGACACUUGGUGGUACUUGCUUAUAAUAACGCCACUAAAACGCAUUCGAGUGCGUUGUAAUAACGAAGAGGAAAUGAUGAGAUGGUUCAGUGCACUAAAGGCGAUUUGUAUCCGGACUAGGAAACGAGACAAUAGUUUAUGAAGUUUAUGUUUAUAGUAGUAGUUAAAAAUUUACGAAACCUUGUCAGU